AUGGCACAAGGCACAGCAGAACAGCAACGCACCCAAGAACAACACCGAGCGGGUUCCGCAUGUUAUACACUGGUCAGUCAGAGAGGCGAGACCCCCACAUACGAUAGGGAGCGAAGUCCCGAAUACGAUCGCCAGUACCGCGCUGGUAGUACURCGCUGCUGAUGCAGACGACGCCACGGGAAGGACCUGCUCCGGAGAGUCAACCACUCUCCUUUGAUUACUAUAGGAACCAGCUUGCGAGUAUCGCAAGACAAAUCCACACAUCCCAACAGCACGAAGAAGUCGUCAUACCACAACGGCCUGAUGGGCAACAGUCCCCCGCCGAUCAGCAGCAAGAUGUUGACUUUGCCAUUCAACAAUAUCUCAGAAUGCUGCUCAGAGAACAGRCAAAGCGGAUCAGGGACAUGGAGUGUAAAUGA